AUGAACCGUGGCGGCGAUCGCUCGGGCGGCCCCUCCAGCGGCGGAGACCGCUCUGGAGCCCGGUUCCAGCGGGGUCCCUCCCGCUGGUCCGGCAGCGGCGGCGGCGGAUUAGGGGGUAGCCCGCCCCAUCGCUACUCCUCCCGCGGCGCGGCAGAUGGCGGUGGUGGCGGGGGCGGUGGCGGUGGCGGGAGGUUCCACCCCUACCGUGGUUCUUCCGACUAUUCUAGCGGCGGUGGAGGGUACAGAGGCGGAGGCCGCGGGGAUUUCCAAGAUCAUGAUAGUAGAAGUAACUAUGUCAAACUUUUUGUCGGAUCUGUUCCAAGGACAGCAACUGAAGAAGACGUUCGGCCUUUAUUUGAGGAACAUGGAGAUGUUCUUGAAGUUGCUUUAAUUAAGGAUAGGAAGACCGGUGAACAACAAGGUUGUUGUUUUGUUAAAUAUGCUACUUCUGAAGAGGCAGAGAGGGCCAUCAGGGGUCUGCACAAUCAGUACACUUUACCUGGAGCGAUGGGCCCUAUUCAAGUUAGAUAUGCUGAUGGUGAAAGGGAACGGCAUGGGGCCAUCGAGCACAAAUUAUUUGUUGCGUCCCUCAAUAAGCAAGCAACUCCAAAGGAGAUUGAAGAGAUAUUUGCCCCAUAUGGUCAUGUGGAAGAUGUUUACAUUAUGAGAGAUGGCAUGAGGCAGAGCCGAGGCUGUGGCUUUGUCAAAUUCUCGUCAAAAGAGCCAGCAGUGGAAGCUAUGAAUGCCCUUAAUGGGACUUACAUAAUGAGGGGGUGCGAGCAACCAUUAGUCAUUAGAUUUGCUGAUCCUAAGAGGCCUAGACCUGCAGAAUCGAGGGGUGGCCCUGCAUUUGGAGGUCCUGGUUUCAGUCCUCGAUCGGAUGCAGCACUUGUUAUCAGGCCAACAGCCAAUCUUGAUGAAUCAAGGGGUCGGCAUAUGCCUCCUGAAUCUUGGCGUCCAUCAAGUCCAAGGUCAAUGGCACUCAACCAAUAUAAUAAUUUUGGAUCUGACAAUCCAUUGGCACUAAGUGGUGGCACUGUAACAUCAGCAGAUAAUGCUGCUUUUCGACCUCCGAUGUUCCCUGGAAAUGGUUCCUUGUCAAAUCAGACAGCUGUCCCAACUUCGUCACACAUGGGCAUGAACACUCCCAUGGUACAAGGGCACCAUCUAGGAGGCCAACAGAUCCCACCCUUGCAAAAGCCAGCUGGUCCACCACAGAAUUUCCCUGUACAACUGCAGAAUGCUCAGCCAGGACAGCCUCUGCAGGGGCCUAUUCCGCAGAUUGGGCAACUUCAGGUCCCACAAUCCACGGGACCUGUUUCAUUUGGCCAGAAUAUUUCAUCUAUGCAAUUACCUGGCCAACCUCCUGCAUCACAGCCGUUGAUGCAACAGAAUGCUUCUCUAGGUGCUUUACAGGCCCCUCCAUCUGUACAGUCCAAUUCAAUGCAAGCUGUUCCUGGCCAGCAGCAACUUCCCACCAGUGUUGCUCCCCAAAUGCUCCAGCAGUCGAUGCAGCAGAUGCCUUCACAAGCACCACAGUUGCUGCUUCAACAGCAGGCAGCUUUGCAGUCUAGUUAUCAAUCUUCACAGCAGGCGAUUUAUCAGCUUCAGCAACAGCUACAACUAAUGCAGCAGCAGUCUAACCUAAAUCAGCAACCCUCUGCACAGGUUCCUAAACAGCAGUCUGGGCAGCCAGUGCAAUCCAGUAACCCUGGUGCUCCGGGUGCCAUUGUUCCGAUAAACAUUAAUGCAACUCCGCAGCAGGUUGGUUCACCUGCAGUUUCUUUAACCUGUAACUGGACAGAGCAUACCUCCCCUGAAGGUUUUAAGUACUACUACAAUAGCAUUACUCGAGAGAGUAAGUGGGAGAAGCCUGAAGAGUAUGUGCUGUAUGAGCAGCAGCAGAAACUGCUUUUGCUUCAACAGCACCAACAAAAGAUUGCUGUACAGCAACUGCAGUCACCGCCACAGGGUCAAUCACUUACAUCCAUGCAACCGAUUCAACAGCUUCCCCAGGCACAAGGACAAACACAAAUGCAUAUGAAACAGCAGGUGCACAUUCUGUUCCGUCAUAGUUUUGGUUUAUGGGAUAUUAUUUUUGUUCCAGAUUGCAAUCUAUAG